GAGUGGGUCCGGAAUGGAGUGAGAGAAAGAGAAGAGAUGCAUGCGCCUUGUGUUUUUAUUGUUUGCUGACAUCCCGAAAGGCCGAUCUCAUAAAAUACCAGAGGGACAUAAACAAAUGCAAAAUGGGACUGUCCAGACCAGUGCUUUGGUUGUUUCUGUACUGUUUAUCUCUGAAUGACACUGUAAGAGCUGUCGCUGAGAUUUGUCGAGGAACCCACUGCAUCGGCUCAGACACCGGAGAUCCCAGACCCUGCGUCGGGACUCAUUGCCCGGGGGGGAGAUCAUCCAGACCGCCGCGACAAUAUAACCCUACAACUCAAGGCAGGUCAGCACACAUAGUGCCCAUUCAUCAUCAAGCCGACGUGAGCUCUCAGUCCAGAGCUGUAACGGACUACACGGUAGUUCAUCCCCACCGUGUGCGCCACAGCGACAACACGAGGGAAAACGCAAGGACGCGGGCGCCUGAAGUUCCCUCUCCAGAAUGUACGGGAGCGGAUUGCGUUACUCCUCCGAGACAACUUCAAACCAUUAACGAUACCCGAGACUGUAAGGGGAUCGAAUGUAAAUUGCCGUUGAGGAUACGGCUAAAGCCCCGACCAAAGCCUUGUGUGGGAGAGGGAUGUCUGGCUAGUUCUGAGGAUGCCGCGGACGCUAGUCAGCCUUCUCCGGUCCAUAUGCAGGACAGAGCCGCUCAAUUUCUGGGAGAAUUUCCGGAGUUUGGAUAUCCUGCGUCGGAACUUGGCGGCGCGCCUUUGGGGGUGCAGCUCACGUGUGAUAUUAAACCAGGCGAGAACGAGGUGCCCUCCGAGGACGCCCUCAUCCUCCACCUGCAGCUGGCCAAGGGGCAGGAGAAGCUGGUGGAGGCCCUACGCGCCCAGCAGACCAUCAUCCGCGAUCUGCAGCAGCGGCUAGCUGACCAGCAGGGGGCGCUACUGGCCCAGCAGCGCGAGAUCCUGGAGCAGCAGAGGCGCAUGUACGAGCAGAUGGACGUGGUGAAGGCCCAGUACGGCCUCCUCUCGGACACGGUCAAACAGGUCUCCUUCCAAGGCCUACAGGGGGAGCUCCAGAGCUACUUUGAGAGCCACCUGGCGGGACUCCAAAACCAGGCUAGGAGCCACCUGCAGAAGUCCUACGCCGUCCACAAAAUGAAUCUGGACGCUAAGGUGAUGGACGUGGUUGGGGAACCCCAUUUUCCUCAGCCUCUCCUGGGUUGCACUGCCCCCUGUGGCUCGGAGGAGUACUGUGACUUCCAGAGGGAUCCACCUCAGUGUGAGAAGUGCUCCAUGUGCCCACCUGGGUUCUUCCUGGUAUCCCAGUGCUCGCCCAACGCAGAUCGAAUAUGUCAGGACAGAGACGAAUGCCUUGAAUUGCCAAACAUUUGUGGAGAGCGAGUGAAGUGCCUUAACACUCCAGGAGGGUUCAGAUGUCUGGGGCUCUCAGAGAGAGAAGCUAUCUCUGGAAUCUGCGGCCACGACUACUUCUACAACCAGGAACUAGAAGAAUGCCAGGCAUGUUCUGACUGCGAUGGAGGCCUCAUGACCCUCCCCUGCACGGCCAUCAGCGAUGCUGUCUGCGGUAUCCUCCUCUCAGAGAACCGUCUCUCCCGGGCUUGGGGGGCUGCGGUGGGCCUUCCGUGUGCCACAUCCCCCAGCAGCAACAUCUUCACCGGCCUGCAGCUCAGCGUCCGCAGCAAGGACACGACCGACCUCCUGUCCAACCAGGCAGGCCGUCUGAACUUCCAGCAGCAUGGCUUGGUGUGGCUGGACCAUAACUUUGCCCUGAAGCACAGCUGCAGGAACUUCCUCCAGGUGGGCCUACGGCUCAACAGCAGCCUGGAGGACGAGGGUCACGACCUCAGUGGGGUGCGGAUAGAGCAGCCCGAGGGGAAGUUCUUCCAGGGGGUUAGCGUCAGCGGUGGCGCAGAGGUGGAGCCCAACCACACCCUCACGCUCGUCCUCAAGAGCCCAAACCAGCACUGCAACCAGAGCAAGGACGUGCACGCGUACGAUCUCAACGGGAUCUCCUUCAGCUUGCUCUGGCUGUCCCACGACACAGGGGCUGUGGCUAUGACGGCGCAGAUGUCGAUGUCGGCCCACUACCAGACCAACUACCGCCCGGCGUUCCGCAUCUCCUCCGUAUCGGAUCCCUACAUGGUGGGGCUGGCCCACGAUGGCCGAGGAGUCCGCUUCACAGAAAGUGGGGUGGUGAAGUUUGUCCUGCAGCAGGCAUUGUACUCCAUGGGCCACACCUGUGUCCGCGAGGGCUUCUCCCUGAUCGCCUACGCCAACCGCAACGGGACCAACCAGGAAGUGAUGCGCACUUUCAAGAGUGGCGUCAACUACAGGGACACGUCCAUCACCCUGUCCGGGGCCGCGAGGGUUGACGGUGGAGACACGCUCAGCUUUGAGAUCACGUCCCCAUCCCAGUGUAACAUCCGCUACUUCGGGGACAGCACGGGGAUCAGCAUGCUCAGCGUGAUCUGGGUCCCGUCGGCCGUAUCCUCCGCUCUGACCGCCACUGUCUCCAGGAGCGGCCUGCCCUCCGGGGCAGUACGGAACAAACCCCUCUUCUUCCAGCAGGUGAGCUUGGACUCCGAGCAGAUCGGUCUGGACCGCUCGGGAGAACCGCACAGCCACAAGAACUUUGUGUUCCGGGACGCCGGAACGGCGAACGUUGCCCUCAACUUGAAACUGAUCCACUCCUGCAACGUGGUGAAGCUGACCCUGCACCGGCAGGGCGGCAAGGGUCUGCAGGCGAGUCCUGUGGCUCAGCAGGUGUCCGGACACAUGCCCGAAGGCAGCGAGUGGGGAAGCGUUGGCCUGAGGGCUUCUUUUGAGGUCCAGAACGGCACGUCCAUCUAUGUGACCCUGGACUGUGUCCGCGGGCGUGUCAACCAGAUCACCCACGAGGGAGGCACUAAUAUAUCCAUCCUCUGGGUUGCUUUGUGAUCCAAGACGAGGAACUCUUUGGUGCUGGUUUUGUUUAAUUUGCACAACUGUAAUUAAUUUGCAUCAAACUGUGCAGGUAUUUCAGUAGUGAACUAUUUGGAAACAUUUCUUUAUUUUAUAUAAAAAAAAUAAAGUAUUUUUUAUGAGAACCCGGUUAUAUGUAAUAUACAAUUAUCACACAUAAUCACUUUAAAUACGUGAAAACCAAGUACUGCUUUUGCUCAAGUACUUCGGCUGGUUGAGCAGUGACCAAUUGUUCUUGAGAAUGUGUGUGUGUAAGUAUGGGUGUGGGUUUGUGUAAGUAUGUGUGUGGGUGUGUGGAUGGGAUGGAAUCCAUUAAUGUUAUAUCUAAUUCCCUCGAGUCCUGCACAUGGAUAUGUACUGGUUCCCUUGUAUGUUUGUGUAUACUAUAGUGUGUUUAUGUAUUAAAAGUUUAAAAAGCAGGUAUUCAAAUGUAUUUUGCUGAUAACUUAUUGAAUUUAUGGUAACAACAAUAAUACAGUGACUGUAUCAAAAUAUUACACAAAAAGAAAAUGGAUUUGUCAAAAAAAAGUGAAAAUAUAUCUUUGUAUGUAUUCCAGUCAAUGAAUUUUGUUCAAUAUUUAUUCAUCUAGUAUACAGUAUGCAGCCACAAAAGACAUGGCACUGUCUGGAUAUAUUUUGUGAUAUUUGUAUCUUUUGUUUAUGCACAUAAUGGUUUGUUAUUCUUCUCCUCAGUGCAGUUACCCUGUGAAAGUGGCCAUGCAUAGAGUUCCUAAUUGCUUCUGUGUGAGUUCAAACAAUUAGGAAAAAUGAAUGGUUACAGAGAGUUGGCAGCAUAACAGUCACUGAAAUCCUUGUGAAGUAUUUUCACCAUGCAAGUCUGAUUUAUUUUACCCAAAAUUACUGUAGAACGAGUGUAUUCAUUUUUUUUCUACGCCAAAUAAAAUGCACAUCUAUUUUA